CCAUUUUGCAGAUCGUUAAUAAUCCCCAAUUAACUUUUGAAGAAACUAAACAAUCCUUAGUUGCUAUUUUACCAAAUGCUAAUGAACCGCAAAUCGAAGCCUUAACCCAAGUAAUUUGUAACCAAAUCGACCAAACUAAACGUGGUAAAUUCAGUGGCAUCACUGAUUUAGAAGGUAAAAAUUUUAAAGUUCGCUAA